AUGAAGUUCCCUAUUUUCAACAAAGAAGAGAUGCUACCGGAAGAUUUAGUUGUAAAUCUAUUUGGAGAUGAGUACUUCAGAAGACCCACACCAACAGAUCUUCAAAGACUACUCGACGAAGGCGAGUUACGCGGAUUUCCCGGCAUGAUAGGAAGCAUCGAUUCCUCUUUAUUAGCGAGACAACAAGAAGCGGUGCGUAAAGAUGUAAAGCGUGCUUUUGGAGUUUUGCAGGCUCGAUUUGCUAUAGUCAAAAACCCGGCUCUUAUUUGGGAUAAGGUAAAAAUUGGGAAAAUAAUGAGAGCGUGUAUCAUACUGCACAAUAUGAUAGUAGAGGACGAACAAGAUGGGUACAAUUUGUUUGAUGAAACUGAAUUCGUACAAAUGGAGUCAAAUAGAGCUUCAGAAGUUGACUACACGCUUCCAACACCCAGGCCUUCAUGUGUCUCUACUAUGCUCAAGAAUCGAAAGGAUGUUCGUGAUCGAGAAAAACAACAACGCUUGCAAGAUGAUUUGGUCAAGAAUAUUUGA